AUGGAUUCCUUCAACCUCGAUCCCACAGUUGACUCCGAGUUUGCUAAUGAAUUUGCUGAGAUCCAAUCAACCAACGAUCAACGAGCCAAAGCACAGCUCUACAGUGACCUACUCUCCAAAAUAGUCAACAAACCUUCUCGUUCCCUUGCACGGGACCUUACCCUUUUCUUUGGGUGCAUUCUUGGGGGGGAAAUAAGUGUUAUUGCAUCCCGACCUCUCCUUGAUAGUUUUAUCAGCUCUCUCAAGCCUCUCCCCGCAACUACCAGGAUAGAAGUUGGACUACCAGCUAUCAUUGCCCUUCAGACGCGCGCAACUUCAGUUGAAGAGCAAGAUGCUAUGCUACGUGAGACACUUGCCGAUGCAUACGAGGAAGUGGAAGAAUACUCCCAGGCUGCGAGGGUGCUGCAGGGAAUUCACCUUGACAGCUCGCAACGUCACAUAACCGAUGAAGAAAAAAUUCGCAUGUGGAUUAGGAUAAUACGCCUAUAUUUAGAAGAUGACGAUGCGGGUGGUGCUGAAAUGUUUCUAAACAAAAUUAAAAAUCUGCCAACCAAGACCGAGGACCCAGCUUUACGGUUACAUUUCCAAUUAUCCCAGGCCAGAAUCCUUGAUGCAAGACGACGAUUUCUUGAGGCCAGCCAAGAAUAUCUCGCUGUUAGCUUAGCUAAUGGUGUAGACGAAGAUGAUCGAUUGCAAGCUCUUUCUGCGGCGAUAAGAUGUGUUGUUCUAGCUCCUGCAGGACCGCAGAGAUCACGAGCAUUGUCCAGGUUAUAUAAGGACGACAGGUCUUCCUCUCUGGAAGAAUAUGGUAUCUUGGAAAAGAUAUUUCGUGACCAGCUAUUAACAGAAGAUGAAGUUACCAACUUUGCUUCUGGUUUAGUUCCUCACCAACUGGCACAAACAGCCGAUGGGUUGACGGUGCUAGAUAAGGCAGUUAUCGAACACAACCUACUAGCGGCCUCCAAGUUAUAUGAGAAUAUCCGAGUCGAUGACUUGGGCUUGAUUCUGGGCCUCAAAGCAUCAGGCGACAUGAGUGCUGGUGAGAAGGCAGAGGCCUAUGCUGCGAGAAUGCUGGAGCAAGACCGACUGAAAGGAACAAUUGACCAAAUUGACGGUGUGAUCAGCUUCAACUCGGAGAUGUAUGGAGACGUGCGGACUGGCCGUAGUCUACGGUACUGGGAUACUGGGGUUCAACACCUUGCUCAAGAUAUAGAGAAUGUAGCAGCCGCCAUCAUGGACGAGUUUCCAGAAUUUUCUGCCGCUCGAAUGGUGCACUAG